AGAGCUGCCGUCUCUCGGUGAGUUGCAGGCAAUGCAGCGAGCAGAUUUACGGUAGCAAUAUUCCGAUGUGAGACCCACAAAAACAGAUUAACUAUGUUCACAUAACUUGGGCCCAGACUUGGAGUUCGGCAGUGAAAGUGGGCGAAGAGACCGCAGGAAUUAAACGGGAAAUUCUGCUGUCAGCUGGCCGGGAAAAGCCGAUCACACCGCCCGGCUUCCGGGGAUUCAGGGGCCGCAUCAGUUGACGGCAGACGUCGGUCGGUAGCUCGGGGGGAAGACGGGCGAAUUUUCACAUCAUCGCCGACAUCCACCUCUCGGUUUCAGCCACUUUCGAGAUGUCAAGAAAGCUACAGAGGACAGAAGUCUGCGCCGACUGCAGUGCGCCAGAUCCGGGCUGGACCAGUAUCAACCGAGGGGUCCUGAUCUGUGAUGAAUGCUGUUCGGUCCACCGCAGCUUAGGCCGCCACAUCUCCGUCGUCAAGCACCUGAGGCACAGUGGGUGGCCUCCAGCACUACUGCAGAUGGUUCAGACCUUGGCCAGUAACGGGGCCAACUCUAUAUGGGAACACAGUCUCCUGGACCCUGCUCAGGUGCAGAGCGGUCGUAGGAAACCGAACCCCCAGGACAAGGUCCAUCCCACCAAGUCAGAGUUCAUCAGAGCCAAAUACCAGAUGUUGGCAUUUGUGCACAAGCUGCCCUGCCGUGAUGAUGAUGGUGUCACUACCAAGGAUCUCAGUAAGCAACUUCAUUCGAGUGUGCGAACGGGGAGUUUAGAGACGUGUCUUCGGCUCCUUUCCCUCGGCGCUCAGGCCAACUUCUUCCACCCGGAGAAAGGCACUACCCCGCUCCAUGUUGCAGCCAAGGCGGGCCAGAUCUUGCAAGCAGAGCUGCUAGUCGUGUACGGUGCAGAUCCUGGGGCACCUGACAUCAAUGGACGCACACCCAUGGACUAUGCGAGGCAGGCGGGCCAUAUAGAGCUAGCAGAGCGUCUGGUAGAGUGUCAGUAUGAGCUGACAGACAGGCUAGCUUUCUACCUGUGUGGCCGGCGUCCAGAUCACAAGAAUGGCCAUUAUAUCAUUCCUCAAAUGGCAGACAGAGCUCGUCCUAAGUGCCCGACACAGAGCCUGGACCUUUCAGAAUUGGCCAAGGCUGCCAAGAAGAAGCUCCAAGCGCUCAACAAUCGGCUGUUUGAGGAACUGGCGAUGGAUGUCUACGACGAGGUGGAUCGCAGAGAAAACGAUGCAGUGUGGCUUACAACCCAGAACCACAGCACUCUGGUUACAGAACGUAGCGCGGUCCCUUUUCUACCCGUCAAUCCUGAAUACUCUGCCACGCGCAACCAGGGCCGUCAGAAGUUGGCCCGUUUCAACGCUCGGGAGUUUGCCACACUCAUCAUUGACAUCCUUAGUGACGCCAAAAGGAGACAGCAGGGAAAAGGUCUCAGCAGCCCCACUGACCCACUGGAUCUGGGAAUUGAUGAUGACCAGCAUGACUAUGACAGUGUAGCUUCUGAUGAAGAUACGGACAGCGAACUGAACAUCCAGAACAACAACAACGCACAACGGAGCAACCGUGCAAAGAGCAUGGACUCCUCAGACUUGUCAGAUGGUCCCAUCACCCUGCAGGAGUAUCUGGAGGUAAAGAAGGCUCUGGCCUCCUCAGAAGCCAAGGUGCAGCAGCUGAUGAAGGUCAACAACAGCUUAAGUGAGGAGCUCCAGCGGCUGCAAAAGGAGAUCACCCGGAUGCAGACAGAGAACAGUGCGCUACGGGGGGGCCAGCAGGCUGGGGGAGCAGCUGGCCAUGGGGUAGGGGGGCCUGGUGGUGGAGGGGGAGGGGGAGGAGGUCACUGGCCAGGGGGUGUGAUGCGAGGAGGAAUAGGUGCAGGAGGACUGGGUGGGUUUGGACAAGGAGUGGACCCCCCGGGGCUGUCGGUGCCCUCCUCAGUCGCCCCCCACUCACAUCCCCACCGGAGGGAACGGCAGGCCUUCUCUUUGUACAUACCAGGGGCAGCCCCUAGCCCCACGGCCCAUGGUCCCCCAGCCCUGGACUCCCUGGCAGCCCGCCUGCAGCCCCUCAACACACCCAGCGUAAGGAAAGGUGGUACAGGGGGUCCAUCGCCAUAUGGAGGCCAGCAUUUAUCUGGAUCUACAGAGAUGGGCAGAUACAUGGUCGCUAAACCGGAGAAGCAUGGCAGCGGCACUGACAGUGACUAUGACAACACACAAACAUACGACCUCUCACUAAGUAUGGGCCGCAGCAGUGAGGAGGAAGGGCGUGGUGAGUCUGAGGAGGGAGGUGGCGGGGACGCAGGGGAGCCAGACCCCACCCUACCCUGCACAGAGGACGUCAUACUGAAAACUGAGCAGGUGACUAAGAACAUCCAGGAACUGCUCAGGGCUGCUCAGGAGUUUAAACACGACAGCUUUGUUCCAUGUUCUGAGAAGAUCCACUCUGCGGUCACUGAGAUGGCUUCACUCUUCCCCAAACGCCCAGCAUUGGAUGCAGUCCACUGCUCUCUCCGCCUCUUGGCUUCCAGUGCCUCACGGCUGCAGGUGGAGUGCCGCAAGGCGGCGCCCUCGGAGCCCGGCGCCCCUGCGGUGGACUACCAGCUCCUCACUCAGCAGGUCAUCCAGUGCGCCUAUGACAUCGCCAAGGCUGCCAAGCAACUGGUCACCAUCACCACUCGAGAGAAGAAACAGUGACCCAACAAAUGCCUAGAUGGAGAGGGAAGAGGGAGAGAGAAAGGAUCAAUGCACGGGGGGGAGGGGCUUCUGGGAGAGGGGGAACUAUGAUCACACUACAGGUGGGAGGAUGAGGGAGGGGGAGUGACUGGGAGUGUAACAGACACGAAGAAGAAAAGUCCGGACGAUGCAUGGAGAGGAAAGCAAAAGAGUUGUUUGAUAUGAACACUACAGUAAACAGAAAAAAAGGGGAAAUUCUACAAAUGUGGAAGUGAAAGUAGGGAAGGACGAGUGGAAGGAUCCAACAUGGGAACUACAGCUGCAACAACGUUAGUAAACCGUUGGAAUCGGAUGUGUAUAAUGAACUGCUUAAACUGUGAUAAGCAAAUACAACGGCGGCGAUGUACAGUGGACCGGAUCCCGAAAUGUUACCGCUUUAUUUAUUCUCACUUGUCACUCGUCGUCCCUCCCUCUCCCCGUUUACACGAACCGGGGAGGGAGGUUGUGUGUGCUGCGAAAGAGGGAAGUGGAUAGACCAACCAUGACAUUCUCCACGCCAUCUCCGUCCUGUGAGGAGUCGGGACGUUCCUCCUCUCCUGUCCUCUCUGUCGUUUGACCCUCUGUCUCUUCAACCUGAAACGAGGUCCCUCUGUUCCUCUACGCCGUCCCUGGCAGGAUGAGCAAGCGGCGCAGAGAAGGACCUCCUGGAAUCCAUCUAACUCCACUCCACACCCCACCCAGGCUCUCAGAUGCUUCCACCUGGGUUAGCUUUCACAGGCGUGGGGGGCUCCAGUUUUUUUCCAACCCGUCAUCUCCUCCUGUUGUUGGUGGUACAUAGCAUGAUCUGGCAUGUUUUUAUUUUUUUUUUCCUCUCUCUUCUUUUUUUAAAUUUUUCUUUUGAAUAUGCAGAUCGGAUAGGUUUGCACCUCUGAGGACAAAAAUACUUUUUUUUUACUGACUUACAAAAACGCUUACACUGGAAUAAUUGUGAUUUAAUGUUAUUGUUUAUCAUGCCUUUUGUUGUUUUUUUAUUGAUAAUUUUACUGACUGUCAUUUUGAUUUAACUGUUUAUGUUUAUUUCAUUGUCUCAAAUAUGAUUCUUAUUUAGUGGAAUAGGGAGACAGUUGGGAGUACGUGUCAACCUCUUACUGGGAUUUAAGUAAACAUGCACACAUAAAAAAAAAAAAUCUGUGAAAUGGUCCUCGACAUUUCUCAAAAUCUCCCUUUCUGGGUGACAGUUGAGGGUUUUUUUUUUGUUUUUUCGUGUUGUGAUACGUCUUGUGGCCAAGGGGGUUGAACAGUUGCCAAAGGAGAGGAUGCGUGUUCGGGGACAUUUGUUGUCGGUUUUGAUUUUCUGUCAGAGCGGAAGCCCCUUGGUGCAUGAUGACAGUACCUGGAUCAAAAUGCUCUUUUUGAUGUAUUCUCAGCUGUCUUUUUGCGCUUGAUUUAUCUUACAAUUUGCCUCAUUUAACAGAGCCAGUGGAAUCAUCUCAGAAUCAGCCUCAUAAUCAUUUUCGCAGUGCCAAGCAGGAUAAAAGAAACAUUCGGUCCAGUCUGUGUGUGAGGAUUAACCCCCGCAGUCUUGCUCGAAAGCUGUUUAUGCUUAUAUUACACAGCAGCUAUUAUUUACAUGCAUGUUAGCAAAUGCUGAGUCACAUUAGGUUGACACGACAUACCGGUAUGUUGCAGUUAAGCUUUAAGUAGACCUGUGGAAAGCAUUAGAUCUGGCAACCUGGAAAGUGCACAUGGCCAAACGUUCUUAUCUCAUUUUUUAAUGUGGGAAGAUAUGCUCAUUUGCAAUCGAUGUAGCCAUCUCAAGUGUGCUUGGUUUUAGUUUGCCAUGUAUUAUUUUCUCUUUUUGAAACUGUCUGGCAAGCACAAUCGAGCCCACGCUCUGUUUUCCAGCUUCUCCGUCACGGCCUGCUGAUCUAGGCCACAGGAGUUGGCAUUUCAAGCUCUCUGUCUCUGAACUCUGCCAACAGGAGACAGCUUUGGGAACAAUUUUCUGUUAAAAAUGUAGCGCAUUUAGCCUACUGAACAUUUAAAGCUCGCUGUACUGUGCCGAACAAAUAUGGUUAUACCUGUAACUAAAGAUUCAGGUUGCAUCUAAGAACUUCUUCCUAGCUUCUGAAGGACUGUCCUGUUUUAGUUUAGGUUCACCGCUACUACUUCUUCCGUUAUUCUGCAACUGGUUUCUCCAAGUGUUUGCAGCUUUACUAGUUCUUGCAUUGGUCUAAUCUGCAGUCAGAAGGCUUCUGCACGUUAAUUACUCACUUGAAAUGUUGAAGGAUGAGAUCAAGCAGCAGUUGCAUCUCAUUUUUUUGUUUUGUAUCGCUGCCUUUUAGCAAGAAGCUGCCCAUACUUGGCUCCGAACACGUCGAGCUCAUACCAGACCACCCUCAGCACUUCCCCUUCCACUUUAUUCAAGCUUUGCUUUUUUUAUCCUGUGAUCAUUAUUUGGGAGCUCUGACUGUCAGUUUUUCACAUAGCUGCACACAUGUCUCUUGUGCGUUGAAUCAUGUCCAGAAGACUCUUGAAAUGUAUCAUUGUUUGAUAUUGAAUGCCUUUGCACAUCAUCAUCGUCAUCUCGUUUGACAGGCUUGAGUUCCAGCGAUCUUGUGCCGACUGCUGAAACAACAGAAAUACUUCCACACACAAAGACACACACACACAUGCGGGGGCCAGUCCCUUCGAUCAUGAUUGCCCAAGUUUUAGAGUAGAGCCAUAUAUAUGAACAUAUAUUUUCAUGCUAUAUUUUAUACUAAGCUAUAUGUUAGGGUUAUGUUUGUGAGAUGUUUAUCUCUUUAUUUGUUUUGCCUAAAUGGGCUUCAGGCUGUGAGAUCUGUUCGCCAAAUCUUCAUUCAGCUCUUAAGUCUUGACACCUGAUGUACUUGUAGAUAUUUUAAGUGUUGUGAGUACGGUUAUGCUGUGGUAUUAGCCUUCUACGUAGACAUAUUGUACAUAUAAACGAUCCUACUAGAAUCCGCAGGCAGUGACGAGUGAGUACAACAGAUUGAUAGAGGCGAUUACUGAACAGCAUGGUCUUAGUUGCACUAUUUUCAAAACACCAGCUGGGUGAAGUAGGAUCUACAUUAUGUACUGCACUCUCCCAAAGGUCUUAGUUCAAGUACAUUAGGUGCAUGAUGCAGGAUUUGAUUUGGGAUAGGGAAAUGGGACAGGUCUGAAGCGCACUUUGGCUUAGCACUACAGUCAUCUCAAAAACGGCAGGAGGAGGGUCUCAAAUGCACAUGGCCUAAUCCUUCCCCCGAGUUAGCGGACACUACAUCGGGUGCCUCUAGUGUGAAUGUUUAAUGCUUCCCGUCAGUUCAUGUCACACUUGACAGACUUUCUACGCCGUCAUUAUGUCCAGAAUUUAGCACAUACUUUCCCAAAUCCGACACACGCCCUGAACUUAUCAGUUGGACCAAGUCAUGCACAAGUACAAACAUUCAACUCGCAGCCAGAAUCCUACGAACACAGACACACUCUCUUGAUUCUCAGCCGCAGAAGUGCACUGUGGCGCGUACUGUUGCUGUCCCUGUGUUUCUUCACAGUGCUACACUUUGGGAGAUGGGUGACGGGAGAGUUAUCUUUUAACAGGAGAUGUUAAAAACUGUAUAAAGUAGAGAAAACAAUGACUUAAAAAGGUCAAUCGUAAUGGAAACUCAUAAGCUGUACAUUUGUAAUAAAAUAAUAAAACAAUUUAAUUGUC